AUGUUCAACAUGCAACUUCCCAGCACAUCUAUGUCUAAUCCCACCAUCCCCAGGCAAUCCAGGAUGUACAGAAAUCAAAACAAAAUAUUUCUUCCCCAACGAGUCUUCUCCACAGAUCAUCUUCAAAAGUUUAUUUCUCCCCAAGCAAUACAACAACACUUCCUAGAGAGCCUUUCAUCAUCCUCAACAAAGUUACCAAUGAUCUUUGGUAUUCAGUCCUUAACAACACCAAUCCAUUUUGAUAUCUCGAUCCAACAAGCCGCAGUUUCUGAUAAACUUUUUCUCUUUUCUUUGCAUAUAGUUAUCACUGCAUCACAUUGCAUCCUCAAAACGUGUAGCAUAUCCAUUUAUAUGGUUCAUUAUGCAUUAAAAGAAAAUUCAAACAUGUAUACGAAGCAUAAGCUAGAUUUGGAACCGUACACGAAAGCCCAAAUCAUUCCUUCACCAAAAAAGUGGUAUUCCCCGAAGAUUUUCCUUAAAGCAUACCUUCUUGUUGCUAUCUGCAAGAAUUAUUGA